UACUAGAACGUAGCUACAUAAAAUGUCAGCUUUUACAUUGGAAAACGAGGCUUUUUCUGGGUUAGUUUUCUACGGCGGGUUAUGCCUUGCAAAGACAGCAGCAAUGUCCAUGGUUACUGCAUACCAUCGCAUCACCAAAGGAGCAAUGCCAACGGAAGAAGACACGAGGAUGAUGACCAAAGAUCCGGAAAAGAUGAAGAAAAUGUUGGUUCCAAAUGAUGAUGUUGAAAGGUCACGAAAGGCGCAUCUGAACGACUUGGAAAACGUCGUACCGUUUGUUCUACUUGGUUUACUCUACGUAUCUACGAACCCACCGGCAGAUUCUGCUAUUUUACAUUUCAAGAUCUUUUUCUGGGCUCGUGUUUUGCACUCAGUGGCUUACAUAUGCAAGCUUCGGUCGCCGUCCAGGGGUGUAGGUUUCUUUUUGGGAUUUGCAACAACUAUCUCCAUGUUGUACCGCACCAUCUCUGCUGUUUAUUAAACUGAAAGCUCUCUUACACGUCCGAACCAUGUUAUCGUGUUUAAUUAAAGCAAAACAGCAAUUUUGACACAUAUAAAAAGGGUGCAAUUUUUACACCAAAAAAAAGAACAAAUAAGAAAUGUGCAGUUUUUACACAAUGUUGUGCUACGAAAAAUUAAGAAGGUAUUUAGUGUAGAAAUGCAUCCAUAUGUUAUUGUCGUGCGAACAAUUAUUAAAUACAAUAUCACAUAGAAAA